AUGAAUUUACUUGUGAUUUUUAGUGUGUUCCAUGUGGUGACGGCUGUUUCCUCUGCUCAACUCUUUGUGCAUGUGAGGUGUUGCAUGCAGUCUGUGGCCUUAUGUCUUGCAGAUCAUGAUGUCUCAUUUCUGCCUGCCACAGCAAGUAGAAAUGCAACGCCGUCACCGUUUUCUUCUCUUUAUUGCAACCAAGGUCGGAGAGAAACAGAAUUAAACAGGAUUAAAUAG